AACGUAGCGGUAUGGAAUUACAACCAAGAGAUGCAUAGAGACAGACAGAGAGACCCACCACCGAAGAAAGUAACGAAACCAAAUCUUCUUUCCUUUCCUUCUCUUCACGCCCUAAUUCCCAAAUCCGAUCCCGGUAAACGCCACCACCACCACCACCACCACCUUCGAUUCCUUCCCUUUCUCAGGAAAAUUCCCCUGAUUUUCUCGGGAAAGUUAGGGUAAAUCCGCCGAAUUACAACAGAAUUAUGAGCUUCCAGGACAUCGAAGCUGGCCGCCCUUUCGGGUCGAGGUGUGGACCGAUCAACGGGAAGCAGGACCCUACGCAAGCGGUGGCGGCCGGAAUUUUCCAGAUCAACACCGCCGUGUCCACGUUUCAGAGACUCGUCAACACCCUCGGAACCCCUAAAGAUACCCCUGAGCUCCGUGAGAAGCUUCACAAGACAAGACUACAUAUUGGGCAAUUGGUGAAGGAUACAUCAGCUAAACUUAAGCAAGCUAGUGACAUCGAUCACCAUGUUGAAGUUAAUGCAAGCAAGAAGAUAGCAGAUGCUAAACUUGCGAAAGAUUUUCAGGCAGUGCUGAAAGAGUUUCAGAAGGCACAGCGUCUUGCAGCUGAGAGGGAAACGGCCUAUACCCCUUUUGUUCCACAAGCUGUUCUUCCUUCGAGCUAUACAGCUAGCGAAGUAGAUAUUGGUUCUGAUAAAACUCCAGAGCAGCGCGCCCUUCUUGUGGAAUCCAGGAGGCAGGAGGUUUUAUUCUUGGAUAAUGAGAUUGCCUUCAAUGAGGCUAUCAUUGAGGAAAGGGAGCAAGGCAUUCAUGAAAUACAGCAGCAAAUUGGUGAAGUUAAUGAGAUUUUCAAAGAUCUUGCUGUGCUUGUCCAUGAGCAAGGAGCCAUGAUUGAUGAUAUUGGGUCCAACAUUGAAAACUCACAUGCAGCAACUGCACAAGCAAAAUCUCAACUUGCAAAAGCUUCAAAAACACAAAGAUCAAAUUCAUCUUUGGCAUGCUUGCUUUUGGUGAUAUUUGGGAUUGUGCUUCUCAUCGUGAUCAUAGUUCUUGCUGCUUAGUCAAAGGUUGUCAUCAUUCUGUUAUGGAGCAAAUCCAUUUAUAAAAAGAGCAGCAGAUAUAUCUGAUUUCAGUGCAUGUGGUAAUUCCAUAAGCGUAUGGUUAUUUUGUUGUGGGGUGUUAAUGUUCUUGAGUUGGUGUUUGGGGUUCUAAGGAUGUGUCGGGACUUAUGGUGUAAGUUCUCUUCUGGUUUCUUUAAUAUCAAAAUAUAAUAAUUCUUUUAUUUUCCCUCAACUUGUAAAUGCAACACUAAAAUUGGCUGGGCUGACUCUUCUUGAGCAAGACCUUGAUUUAUGACAAUCUGUUUUCUUUUUUAA